UGCACACCAUUGUGCUGGCUAAUUUAUUUUAUUUUUUAUUUCUUGUGGAGACAGAGUCUCACUUUAUUUUGUCCAGGCUGUUCGCUAACUCCUGGGCUCAAGUGAUCUUCCUGCCUUGGCUUCUCAAAGUGCUGGGAUUAUAGGCCUGAGCCACUGUACCCAGCCUGUUAAUGUUUCUUUUUAUUUUUUUCUGUCUCCAGAGCUUUUAUAAGUUUUACAAGUUUCUCUGUCUCUCUUGUGGUUCUAAGAAUAUGGAAAUUGUGCAUUCUCAUUGUCUUUAUUAUUCUCUGUCUCCAGGUAUGUUGCAGAUAGGGACAGGUUCUUUUUAUCGCCUGAGUCACUUAAGUAAGAGGAACUCAUGAUUGAAGUCAAAUAGUACCAUAAAAAUUAUUGAGAAAAGAUUACUCCCUGAAAGAUUACUCCCUAUUGAAAAAAGAUUACUCCUAAGCACACAUGACUACAUGUGUGAACAGAGUAUCUGUCAGGCAAGAGCUGCUGUGAUGGUUUAUGAUGAUGCCAAUAAGAAGUGGGUGCCAGCUGGUGGCUCAACUGGGUUCAGCAGAGUUCAUAUCUAUCACCAUACAGGCAACAACACAUUCAGAGUGGUGGGCAGGAAGAUUCAGGACCAUCAGGUUGUGAUAAAUUGUGCCAUUCCUAAAGGAUUGAAGUACAAUCAAGCUACACAGACCUUCCACCAGUGGCGAGAUGCUAGACAGGUGUAUGGUCUCAACUUUGGCAGCAAAGAGGAUGCCAAUGUCUUCGCAAGUGCCAUGAUGCAUGCCUUAGAAGUGUUAAAUUCACAGGAAACAGCCCAGAGCAAGGUUACUGCUACCCAGGACAGCACUAAUUUGCGAUGUAUUUUCUGUGUGUUCUAUUUAGGGCCAACAUUGCCUAGACAAAACUCACAACUACCUGCUCAAGUUCAAAAUGGCCCAUCCCAAGAAGAAUUGGAAAUUCAAAGAAGACAACUGCAAGAACAGCAACGGCAAAAGGAGCUGGAGCGGGAAAGGCUGGAGCGAGAAAGAAUGGAAAGAGAAAGGUUGGAGAGAGAGAGGUUAGAAAGGGAAAGGCUGGAGAGGGAGCGACUGGAACAAGAACAGCUGGAGAGAGAGAGACAAGAACGGGAACGGCAGGAACGCCUGGAGCGGCAGGAACGCCUAGAUCGGGAGAGGCAAGAAAGACAAGAACGAGAGAGGUUGGAGAGACUGGAACGGGAGCGGCAAGAAAGGGAGCGACAAGAACAGUUAGAAAGGGAACAGCUGGAAUGGGAGAGAGAGCGCAGAAUAUCAAGUGCUGCUCCAUCUUCAGACAGCUCCCUGUAUAACGCUCCACUUCCUGAGUAUUCCAGUUGCCAGCCUCCUUCAGCACCUCCUCCAUCAUACGCUAAAGUCAUCUCAGCUCCAGUGUCAGAUGCCACUCCUGAUUAUGCUGUAGUGACUGCUUUGCCACCUACUUCCACACCCCCUACACCACCACUGCGACACUCAGCGACACGUUUUGCAACAUCUUUAGGUUCAGCCUUCCACCCUGUUCUUCCCCAUUACGCUACAGUUCCUCGUCCUCUGAACAAAAACUCUCGACCUUCUUCUCCUGUGAACACACCCUCUUCUCAGCCUCCAGCUACGAAGCCCUGUGCCUGGUCUACUUCCAAUUUUUCGCCCCUCCCUCCAUCUCCUCCAAUAAUGAUUAGCAGCCCCCCAGGCAAAGCUACUGGUCCAAGGCCUGUCCUCCCUGUUUGUGUUUCUUCUCCUGUGCCCCAAAUACCUCCAUCACCGACAGCACCCAAUGGGCUGGUUGACUCUGUAACAUAUCCAGUGUCUCCACCGCCUACCUCAGGGCCAGCAGCUCCUCCGCCGCCGCCUCCACUGCCUUCCCUCGCUUCACUCUCACACUGUGGAUCUCAAGCUUCUCCUCCUCCAAGCACCCCUAUUGCCUCAACUCCCUCAUCCAAGCCUAGUGUUCUCCCUUCUCCCUCUGCAGCUGCCCCUGCCUCUGUUGAGACUCCUCUAAACUCUGUGCUGGGAGACUCUUCUGCUUCUGAGCCAGGCUUGCAGGCAGCCUCUCAGCCGGCCGAGACUCCAGCCCAACAGGGCAUUGUCUUGGGACCACUUGCACCUCCGCCUCCUCCACCACUCCCACCAGGGCCUGCACAGGCUUCAGUAGCACUCCCUCCUCCCCCAGGGCCCCCUCCACCUCCUCCACUCCCAUCCACUGGGCCUCCACCGCCCCCUCCUCCCCCUCCUCUCCCUAAUCAAGUACCCCCUCCUCCUCCACCACCUCCUGCCCCACCCCUCCCUGCAUCUGGAUUCUUUUUGGCAUCUGUGUCAGAAGACAAUCGCCCUUUAACUGGACUUGCAGCUGCAAUUGCUGGAGCAAAACUUAGGAAAGUGUCACGGAUGGAGGAUGCCUCUUUCCCAAGUGGAGGGAAUGCUAUUGGUGUGAACUCGGCCUCAUCUAAAGCAGAUACAGGCCGUGGAAAUGGACCCCUUCCUUUAGGGGGUAGUGGUUUAAUGGAAGAAAUGAGUGCCCUGCUGGCCAGGAGGAGAAGAAUUGCUGAAAAGGGAUCAACAGUAGAAACAGAACAGAAAGAGGACAAAGGUGAAGAUUCAGAGCCUGUAACUUCUAAGGCCUCUUCAACAAGUACACCUGAACCAACAAGAAAACCUUGGGAAAGAACAAAUACAAUGAAUGGCAGCAAGUCACCUGUUAUCUCCAGACCAAAAUCCACACCCUUAUCACAGCCCAGUGCCAAUGGAGUCCAGACGGAAGGACUUGACUAUGACAGGCUGAAGCAGGACAUUUUAGAUGAAAUGAGAAAGGAGUUAACAAAGCUAAAAGAAGAGCUCAUUGAUGCAAUCAGGCAGGAACUGAGCAAGUCAAAUACUGCAUAGAGGAACAGACUAAGGAGAGAUAGGACUUUAAUCUGAAGGAAAAAAAAUCCUACAAACAACAACUGUUCACAACAGCAAACCCCUACAUUUUAUGAGCUGUAAGAAGAAAAUGGAGACAAACAGAAGGAGGGAAAAACCAACCUACUCUGAAAGCCUUCAAACAUUAUGACUCUGGCGAUAAGCUCUUUCCCUCUCCGUUUGCUGCUUUUUUCUGGCCUUUACAACAGAAUGGAAGAGAAUCAUAUAAGAGUUCCUGUAACAGUUAUGCAGAAAAUACUAAAACCCAUCAGGCAAAAUCACCGUGCAUUGAAAUAUUUUCAUGUCAAGAUAAAAUUGCACAUUUUCCACAAUACAUUGCUAAAAUAAAGAGGAGAAAGGCUUAGGAAGUUUUUUUGCAGAGAGUGCUGGUAAAGAAUUGAGCAAGUUUGCUAUUGUAUUGUAAUGUUUCUCUCAGGUUUGUUCUUCCUAUCAUGUUUGAUAUUCCAUGAAUAAUUGAGAUCAGGCCUAUGUAAGUUAAGAUCAUAAUAAGUGGAACAAAUGGAAUUGUAAGUGCUUUCAAAGGGUAAUAUUUAUAAGAAAGUGUCCGAAAAAUGAUAUCUUCAGCUUGAGGAAUUUUAGAAUGAUAGGAAGUCUCUCAAGUUAGCCUUCAUGCAAUUUUGUAGAUUAAAACAUAAAAUUUGUCCAGAAUUUAAAGAUUUAGAUGCCUUCCUAAAUUGUUACAAUGCUUUACCAAAUCUAUGACUUCUACAUAACACAAACCAGUGGUCAAAUGUAAACACUAUAUUGUAGAUUUACUGUAGGUUUUCAACCUUUUUUAGAUUUAUGCAUGUGGACAUUUUUAUAAUGUAAUUACAAUCACCACAAAGUUAGCUUUUUUAAUUGCAGACAGUAAUGCAUGUCACACUAAUAUGUAGUGGCCUUUUCAAGGCCUAGUCCCAGGGAAAACAUUUUGUAGAGUAUAGGGGAGUGGGAGGAAGGGGAGGAAUAAUUUUUUAUUUGAACUUGAUUUCUGCACUAUCUUUUUCUCAGUUACCUGCAUGAAUAAUAAUGAGGAAUAUUUUGUGACUUUAAUUGGUAAAUAUGUUACAAAACCAAGUACUUAAUCUUUUACAUCAUGUCUUCAGCUAUUUGUAUUUUAACCAGUAAUUUCAAUGGUCUGAAACAUGAUUCAGAGCUUCACAUAAUAUCUUACUGUGGAACUCAAAAGUUUGAUCACUGAAUUUGGCAGUUAUUAUUACCUAGGUCCCCUGCUGUUACACAGGUGUUUAGAUACAUGCUCCUGAAUGAAGCUGCUUUUGAAUUUUGUUAUGUUGAAAUGCAAGAAAUAACAAUGAUGGCAGCAAUUAAGGUCACAGAAAUCAUUAGGUAAAGGAAAACCAACAAGGAGUUCUGCAGUUUUCUUUUAAUAAGUAAAGUGAGACUUGAGGGUGGUGGGAAGAAGGAAUUAGACUCUCUGCCUGCCACCCUGUGUGUGUGUGCCCUCGCGCACAUGCUGUCCAUAUGGAAGCCACUUUUCUUUCCUUUGAAACUGGCAAGGUUAAAAUAAGGGAGAAAUCCUGUAUGUUGCAAUGAUAGCUUUUUGGAAAAUUUAAGAAAUCAAACUCUCCAGGCUCUCCAUCUUGAUUUAUGCUUGAGUUGUUAUGUGCCAUAUUUGCUUUGAACUCUGAUUAUCAGAAGUUUUACUAAAAUUUUGAAAUAAUUCACUUUCAUCUGCUUUCUAGAUUUUGUACAUCUCUGUCCAUAAAGCAGAGCUUGUUGAUAGUGUAGUUUUCUAAAUGCUGCAAAUUUGCAGCAUUUACCACUACAAAGAAGUUUGGAUGAGGGGUUUUUUUUCUUUGUUAAAAUAGUUCCUAUUUCUGUAGAAAUUUCACUUUUAGAUUAAACUGUGAUGGAUGAGCUAUCAUAAUUCAAGUAUACAUUUCUUUUUUCUAUCAGAUAUUCAUUGUCAUGCAGUAGUAGUAAAAACAUCAAAGAUGCAGCAAGCUUAUGACGUAUUUUCUAAAAGAAAUAGGAGGCAUUUUCAUCUUUAUUAUUGUACUUUUGGUUAUGCAAACACUUUGAUAAUAUAAACAGUUAUGUCCCCUAUAAAUCUGGUCAGAAACCUCUUUUGAUUUUGUUGGGUAAGUUAAAUAGUCUAUAGUAGGUAGAGUACUGGGUACAAGUGGUCCAAACUAAGAUAAGAGACUAAAAUAAAAUGCUAAAUCUUAAAAGAAACUGGGUUUAUGCACUAAACGUUUUGUGCCUUGGUCUAAUAUUAACAUGAUGUCUGUGUAAAAUGACAAAAGAAAAAAAAAACCAGUGUUGAAUCACACUAUAUUUUCCAUCAUCCCAGAUUGCUAAAUGUGUUCUUUCCAAGAAGUCUGAAUGAAUUAUUAUAUAAUUUGCUGUCACAUACAUGACAGUUGUGUCAUUAUUAGAGAUUUCAGUAAUUACAGUGGGAAACAGAAGCCUAAGUUCUUUACCUUAUCAAAACUAUGUUCCUGGAACCACAUUAUUAUGAUGGUUUUUGUGCUCUUGUACAUUGGAUGUCUUAAGCUGAGUACAGUUUAGGGGAUCCUUUCUCAUGACAGGAAGGUACUGCUUUCCUCAACACUGUGAUCUGACCUGUGACAAAUCUGUACUAUCCACUAUGUAAAUGGCUCACAAGUCAAUUGCAAACAAACUGAAUGUACAAAUCUUAGUGCUGGUGCUGAAAUCUCUUCAGAAUAGUCAUCAUGAUUUAAAAGUUUGUUUAAAAAUUUGCAAGCAUCAAGUGUCAAUCAAAACUGAAGAUGAAACACUAAUGAAUGUUGAAUUCUCAUGCUUUUUAGGUGUACUUCCUGCUUAGAAUUUUCAGUUUUCUAUUUUUACCGUAACUAUUUCGUUUAAAUUUGUUUCACUUCAAUUUCCUACACGCUAACUUCGUUUGUGCGAUUGAAAUAAAAUUGCAGUAUAUAUGUGUUGCUUGUUUGUGACACUUAGAUAAUCUUCUGAAAUAAUUUGUUUUAAAGUAAGUUACAUUGGAUGUGAAAAACACCUUUUAAAGUCCAAGACUUUACUACUUAAAAGUUUACAUGUCACGUUACUACUCUUUAAAGAUUUCAUAGAAGUCGUGAAUACUAAGUAAUGUAUACAAAAGAAAUACGUGAUGAUGUGUCUACUUUUUGUUUGAAAUGACUGUUGGGCAUUCCCUGUUCUUAUUUUCUCUUUGCCCACCUUGACACAGUAACUUCUUCUUACAGUCAAGUUGAUAGUAAGUGUUUAAUUUUUAUUCCAUUUUGUUCUGCAACACAUUCAGAUACUUAAAACUCAUUCGUGCAGUUAGAAUUUUCCUUUAUAUAGUUUGCAUGGUAAAGGACAUUGUGUGGUAAAGGGCAUUAUCGAGUAUUGAACUUUAUAGCAAAAUGUGUAUGAUGUUUAUACAUGAUGCUGAUUUCUUAAAACCUACAUAUAAACAGUAGUACUUCUUCUCUAUUAUAAAGUAUUAAUUUUGAGUUCCA